UCAUUCUCCAAUCUCUUGAGAUAUAUUAGUAACCAUGAUUCCUACAAGAUGCAAUGAGAUCAACGGCUCACGUCCUCCGUCGCUAAAACUAGCCGGAGGAUCUCACACCAUCAAGAAAACGACGACGUUGUGUAAGUCUCAGCCACGGCCACAUGGACGGACAGGUCCGGUGAUCAUCUACGCGCACUCUCCGAAAGUGAUCCACACGCGAGCCGAGGACUUCAUGGCUUUGGUUCAGAGGCUCACGGGUUUAGAGGAUAUUAUUAGACGGAACGCUAACGACGUCAGCGAAUCAUCAUCUGGUGUGACGGAAGAAGUUAACGUAGGUGAUGAUGACACGGCGGCACAACGAAAAAAGCUAGCUGAUAUGCCAUUGUUCACACCGAGCUCGAUGACUUUGUUUGGUUCUCCAACUCAACUUCUUUACAUGUCUCCGAACGGGACCGGUUCGUUUUCACCUUCGCUAUUUAAGUUCAAAUAAGACUUUUGAAAAUAGUACUUCUUUGUGAUAUCGUUUUGUAUGUGUUACUUUGGUUUGUUCAUUCGUUUGUUUUUAAGUUCUUUUACUUAGUCGUAAUUAGUUGGUGUAAAUGUCACUUAUGACAUAAACCAAGAAAGAAAUGUCACUUAGUUACUGUAUUUAAUUUGAUUUAAAACGCAACAGGGCAGGUUCUCAAAUACUUUUGUAAUAUAUCAACAAGAAUCUUUCCAUGAAUCAGAUUGAUUGAUGACAUAAA